UAAACAAGCACAUUGAUUUGCCAAGCAGAAAAGGAUUUUACAGCUUUACGAAGAGCAUUGAGAAACUGUCACUUGAAUACUCGCUAUCUACGGAAUUGAGAAACGAUGACAGAGAGUGGAGCACAUCAUUAUAUUCCUGAUCCUGACAGUGAAUUGGAGAAAAAAGUGAAAAAGCUGACUUUGGGGGAUGGUGAAAACGACAAGGACACUGAAAAUGAUAAGCCUCUUAGGGAUGAAAAUGCACAAUUAAAAAUAACAGAACAUUAUAAAGGUAUUCUUUCGAAUUUAGGUGAAGACCCAACUAGACAAGGAUUAGUUAGAACUCCUGAAAGGGCUGCUAAAGCAUUAAUGUUUUUUACAAAAGGAUACAAUGACAACAUCAAAGAGGCCUUAAAUGAUGCUAUAUUUGAUGAAGAUCAUGAUGAAAUGGUGAUAGUAAAAGAUAUAGAAAUGUUCUCUCUAUGUGAACAUCAUUUAGUUCCCUUUUUAGGAAAGGUAUCUAUAGGCUAUUUACCAAAUAAACGGGUAUUAGGACUUAGUAAAUUAGCAAGAAUAGUAGAAAUUUACAGUAGACGUUUACAAGUGCAAGAAAGACUAACAAAACAAAUAGCUGUGGCUAUAACAGAAGCUAUACAGCCUUCUGGUGUAGCAGUUGUAAUAGAGGCUACACACAUGUGUAUGGUUAUGAGAGGGGUACAGAAAUUAAACAGUAAAACAGUAACCAGUACUAUGCUUGGUGUAUUCCGUGAUGAUCCGAAAACUAGAGAAGAGUUUCUUACGUUGAUACGAUAACAACAGAGCAGGUCAUCUUGCCUACGUUGGUACAAUAACAAUAGAGCUGGUCAUCUAGUCGUGCUGAUUUUUAUUUGUUAUAUUUUUUUAAUCUUCCAGAAGCUUUUCUUCCAAGGAAGAAGUAACAUUUUUACUUCUAUUUUGGAAGUUGUUAGAAAAAAUAUUGUUUUUAAAAAGUAUUUAUAUAUUAAACAGGAUAUUAUUUAUUUAAAUAUACUGGUUAUGUAGUUAUGUAAUGUAUAUUGAGUUCAGUGCCUUUUCUGCAGUUUUGAAGUCUUAAAACAGUUAAUUUGUUUACUUUUGUGGAUAGCAAUUUUCACUGAUUAGGAAGAAUGUAAUAAAGUGGACCUCAUUUCAAAGUUUGUACAAUUAAAUUCUGAACAAAAGCUUUUUUUAAAUUUGUAUUGUUCAGUACUUAAAUUCACUUAUAAAUCCACAAACUUUGUAGCAAAUACAAAAUGAAUUCACAAUUUUUAGAAAAAAAGAUUUCUUCAGACAUUUAGUAAUCUCUAUAGGGUUGCACAAAGGUAGUCUCUAUAUAGAUUAAGUGCCAAUCUGCCUAAGAAUCAGGCAGUGGUGAAAACAUGACAAACAAAAACCCGCUCAACUUCUCACUAAUUAAAUUUUUAGAAAGUAUAAUGGUGCAUGAAUAUAACAUUCGUUUCCUUUUCCUGUUCCUGUUCUGAUAUAAUUUGAUUGAAAUGCACUAGAAAAUAACAAUUAAGGGGAGAUAACCACAUAAUUUGCUGUCAUUCUAACCAAAAUUUAUCUAGAUAUUUCUCGAAUUACCAGACAUGAAAGACCUACCAUUUCUAACUCAGGAUGAGGUUAUCUUCAAAAUAGGGUGGUAAGGACGGUGGGUUCUUUCUGCCAUGUUUUGAUUUUUUUCUAAAUUGACAAUUCUUACAAAGACUUGCACUUAAACCCUUACCUGAUAUGAAGGCUAUAAUAAUAUGUUUUUUUUAUUUAGAACUGAUGUUUAUAAGUUUUAAUAUUUUCAUACAUUCCUGAAAAUAGUGUUCAGGGUAUAGUUUAUGUGAUAUUUUUAUUUAAACAUAAAUAUGUUUUAUAUUCUGCAACAGGUAUUUGUUUGAGAGUAAAUUAUAACAACUUUUUGAAAUUUUCUACAAGAAUAGACAUUUUAUGUCUUUCAGCCUAAGAGAUAUAUUGGUACAUAUUGAGGGUUGAUACACAAAAUAUUUAUUUAUUUUUACAUUUUUAUUCCAUUUUUCAAGCAUAUUCCCAGUGUUAUAAACUGAUUUCCACUUGGUCAGCUUAUAAUUUGGCCUUAUGCUGUUAUUGAGUUUUGCAUAAUUUUGAUUUGCACUUCCAUUAUUUAGAAACACAGACUCUUCACUUCUUUAUUUUAACAUUUUUUUUAUAUAACUAAUUUUGUGGUUGCUUGAUAAAUAUGGGUGGAUGCUGGUCAUCAAAUGAUAUAUUCAGAAUAGUGUAGGUGAAAAUUGCAUGCUUGAGAAAUAUUAAGUAUCUCUCCUCUAUAGGACUGUGGGCCUUAUUGCAUUCAUCUUGUCUGUCUAUUCUUCUAAUAAAUAUUUCCCUCAUAUUUUUCUUAACUACUACCAAACGGAAUGACUUAAUAUUUGAUCAGUGUCUUAACAAUGAUGAGUUGUAACAUGAGAACACUUUGAAUCUGUUAAACGCCAACUCCCUGUUUGCUGAUACUUUGAAGUUUCAAUAUGUUGAAUGAACCUAAAAUUUUCAUCGCACAUUUUUCCAGAACUAUAGAUCUGAUUGACUUCAAUAUUUUGUCAGCAAUCAACAGUGAUGAGUUUAAAUGUGUGCAUGCUUUUUGGGUCUGUCAGACACCUACUUCUGGUUUUAUGAUACUUUGAAUUAUGAGUAAUGGUAUGCUAAGCAAGAAAACACAUGCAUUCUUGUGAGAAUAAAUUCCUGUAUGUAAAAUUGUCCAAAAGAAGAUAGCUUUAAUAUUUGUUUUUAUCAUUUUUGUAGUAUUUAUUGAUUUUCAGAUUUUGUGUAAUAUUUGUUUCACUAAAUGCAAUAAAAAAAUUGCAAUUGAAAGGUAAAAAUUAUAUGAAAUGAUACUGCCUUUGUAUUAUAAAUGAUUUUAUAUUAUGGUGAUAUGUUGUGUACUUAAUUAUUUUGAGUUAUUUGAAUAGAAUGGGUUGCAUUGUACGAUUCAAGUGGGAGGGUGAAUGUCUUUAUUCACUUAACAUGAAUGAUUCAGAUUAGUUUAGAGCGAAUUUCCUAAUGCUUGUGGAAUGAGACUUUGGUUGGCUUGCUUGCUUUGUUUACAUAAAUGUUUGCUCAAGCAUUGUAAUUAAGAUUGACAUCUGCAAACAAUAUAAAAAGGCGGAGUUAAACUUGUAUGCAUUAUACUUAAAUUUGAUUGGAUAUUAUCCUGGAGGUUAGGAAUCUAAAUAUGAUGUAAACAGGUUUAACUCCUCCUAUUUAUAGUGUUUACAGAUGUCAAUCUUAAUUACAAUGCUGAGGCAAACAUUUAUACAUACAAAGCAAGCAAGCCAGCCAAAGUUUUACUCUACAAGUAUUAGAAAAUUAGCUCUAAAAUUUUUUUAUACACACAAGGAAUCUUGGUGUAAUUGCUUGGUCACAAGAAAAGAAAUCAUAAAUUCUCACCUCAACUCCAUUUUUUUCAGAACCAAAACAAAAUUAUUUUGAUUUCCUGCUUUAAUCUUUUAUUUUGGAAGGAGUAAUUACAAAAAGGUUGAAUAUGAAAAAAAAUUGCCCCCUCCCUUCAAAUUGAUCAAAAAAAGUAAAAUGAGAAUCUAGGAAUGUUAUAUAAUGGCCCAAUAAGACAUCAAACACUAAUGAUAAGCGCCUCAAGUGUUGUACAAAAAUUUUAAGGCUACCAUCUUGAUGUAUGAUGUUUUUCACAUCAUCACUUUAAGUUAUAAUCUUCAAUACCAUAUCGAAUUCUUAAGUUGGUUGUCAGCGACUCAAUAUUUAUAAGUCAGUAUUAAAUAUACCCUCCUGUAUCUUACAAUGUAUUUAGUAUUGUGGUUUAAUCCAUGAUGUUGGGUGAUCAAUUAUUCCAUUGUAUUUCUUUCUUUUUUGUAUCUUAUAACAACAUGUUGUUAUGCAUAUAUCCAAAUUCUUAAUCUUUCUCAAAAUUCAUCAAGAAAAUAUGUUUCAGUUUAGAAGUUGCCAUUGAUUAUCAGAAUAUACACAGAAAUUUGUACAAGAGUAACAAUCUACCUUUAAAGGUGUUGGGAAAUUCAAAUAUGUAGAUUUAUUUAUUUUCUAUGAUAUAAAAACAAACCAGUAGCAAACUUUUUUCCAAUGAUAUGUUGUCUGAGACCAUUAGUAUUUUAUAUGUCUAUUCUUAAUAUUGUUAAUUUAAUAAUUUGUAAAUUCAGAUGCAUUUCUUUGAAGUUUGUUAUCUUUUAUCUUUUAUUUUUAUUAUGUUUUUAUGACUACACUCUAUGUAGGACAUGAAACCACAAAGGACCAAUAAUAAAAACUGGUUGUGAUUUAAAUUAGCCAUUUCUUCCA